AAUUUGUAUUUUUUUACAGUCCCUUAUAUUCAUGCAUGCGGCCGAAAAAAUCCAAAUAUUAAUAAUUGCAUCAUGCAAAGUAUUGAAGAUUUAAACGAAAGGAUAUGUAUUGGAGUACCAGAUUUAGAGUCUCCACCAUUGGAGCCAUUCGUUAUUGAUCAUAUAACUAUUUCUGACUCAAAUAAUGCCAAGUUAUUUCUCAAAGAUUCAAACAUAUUGGGGAUUUGCAAUUUUGCUCUGAAUACUUUUCAUAUAGACCUUGAUAAGUUCCAAUUUAAUUUUACUGUCACAUUCCCAAACGUUUAUUCAAAUAGCACGUAUGAUAUUGAUAUACGUGUACUGCUGCCUGUUGUUCACAAAGGACCGAUUCAUUUUAUUACAGAUAAUGUAUUAGCGAAAAGCACACUAGACCUGAAAAUAAUAACCAGACACGGUGAAAGAUACGUAUAUAUAUCAAAAAUGAAUUUGCAAUUCGACAUUAAAAGAUUGAAAACUAAGCUCGAUGUGAACGAACCAGCUCAGUUAAACGAAAUUAUUAGCAACUUCUUAGGCAAUAAUGAAGAAGAAUUAAUCGCCAAAAUUAAAUCAUCGUUAGAAACGAAAGUCUCUAAAAAAAUACUUUCAAUUACAAACAAUAUAGUUAAACAUUUUACUUUUAACGAACUUUUCCCGGAUCACAACUAAAUAAUUAAUUAAAUCUCAGUUUAAAAUAUUAUAAGAUUAUCGAAAGCAUUGAAUGUUC